GCCACCGCUGAAAUCCGCCUCCGAGCCUCUUGAUUAGGGCUGCUCAGGUGGCUAGAAGCGGGACAAACAAAUCUGACCACUCCCCCACGCGUCUCCCAGACACGGCUCCGGAGGGCAGUGGUUUCAUCCACGGCGCGGCCAAAUCAUGCCGUCGACGCCUCCGCGGAGCUCGAGACCUGGUGAAAUCCGCAGGGGAGUUGCAUGAAACUACUCUCAUUAUCCGAAAACUACUCGAAAGCGUAUUCACCGUAUCUACAUCGUCUCGCGAAGCUACUCGUCGAUCUACCGUCAUCACAUGCACCCCACUGCGUUAGUUAGGGAAGCCUUCGCUCGCAGUGUCACGACUUGCGCGAAAAUAGGACCGAGUCGUACGCUUACAGCACCACGCUCUAUCAAGCCCAAAGCGAGCAACCGGCCUCGUAUCGGACAGUGUCAAUAUGCCGGCCGCGGCUACCUUUGAUCUAUUCAAACGACAAUCCAGCACAAAUGGCGGCUACGACUCCUACGACAGCGUUUGGUGGUCGCCGCAAUGGAUGGCCGUCCGCUACACCAUCGUCGCCCUGAUCUUCGUCGCCCUGAUCACCUUCUUCGUCGGCGGCUACUACCACGCUCGGAGGCGCCUUCGCGCAGGACUGGAGCCGCUGCCAUACCAUUCCUUCAUGGUCCGACGGCGAUACGGGAACGCAUACCCACCGCUACCGCAUGGUCCCGUGCACGAGGGAUACCCGAUGCAUGACCGAUAUGCAUACCCUGCUCCUCCGCCGCCGUAUCAGCCUCCGCCCGUCUAUCAGCCACCCAGUGGCGCGGCGAAUAAAGUCAUCAUCGAGCAACAACAUGUCUCCGAAAUUAAUAGGACUCAGGGUGCUCGGAUAGACGAGUCGGGGAUUGCGUCACCUUCGGCUUCACGUCAGCCAGGGGUAAAUUAGGAAUUCUUUUCAAUUUAUGAUGACUCAUUAUGAUGAGCUAAAGCUUCUUGUGGCAUUUCGGAUUUAGCGCGAGGGGAACUGGG